AGAAACGGGGUGGAAAGCCAUAACAAUUUGCCGAGCUUCUUUGCGCUCUGGCCCCAAGUCUCCCAUCCUUCUUUCCGAGGAGAUCUUCCUGCCCCCACUGACCCUUCUCUUUUUGUCCCCCCCACCCCCUGCCCAGAAAAAUGGCUUUGAACAAUUCUGCAUCAAUUUUGUGAACGAGAAGUUACAGCAGAUCUUCAUCGAACUGACCCUGAAGGCUGAGCAGGAAGAAUAUGUCCAGGAGGGCAUCCGUUGGAGCCCCAUUGAGUACUUCAACAACAAAGUCGUCUGCGACCUCAUUGAGAACAAAGUGAAUCCUCCAGGGCUCAUGAGCAUCUUGGACGACGUCUGCGCCACCAUGCACGCCAAGGGGGAAGGUGCCGACCCCACCCUCCUGCAGAAGCUCCAGUCAGCCCUGGGAACUCACCCCCACUUCAACAGCUGGAACAAGGGCUUUGUCAUCCACCACUAUGCUGGGAAGGUAUCCUACGACGUGGAAGGAUUCUGCGAGCGAAACCGUGACGUUCUGUUUACCGACCUCAUCGAGUUGAUGCAAAGCAGUGAGCUCCCCUUCAUCCGGGACCUAUUUCCAGAAAACCUGAACGCAGAGAAGAAAGGACGUCCCACCACGGCCGGCAGCAAAAUCAAGAAACAAGCCAACGAUUUGGUGGGCACCCUGAUGAAAUGCACCCCCCACUACAUCCGCUGCAUCAAGCCCAACGAGACCAAGAGGCCCCGCGACUGGGAGGAGAGCAGGGUGAAGCACCAGGUGGAGUAUCUGGGCCUGCGAGAAAACAUCCGGGUGCGCCGAGCUGGCUACGCUUAUCGGAGGGUCUUCCAGAAAUUUCUCUACAGGUACGCCAUCCUGACGCCGCAGACGUGGCCUUCCUGGCGUGGGGACGAGAAGCAGGGCGUGGUCCACCUGAUGAAGUCGGUCAACAUGGACCCUGACCAGUACCAGCUAGGCAAGACCAAAGUCUUCAUCAAAGCCCCCGAAUCGCUCUUUCUUCUGGAGGAGAUGCGGGAGCGUCGUUACGAUGGUUACGCCCGCGUCAUUCAGAAGGCCUGGCGGAAGCACGUGGCCGUGCGCAAGUACAUCCAGAUGAGGGAAGAAGCUUCCAACAUUGUCCUGAACAAGAAAGAACGGCGGCGGAACAGCAUCAACCGAAACUUCGUGGGCGACUACAUCGGGUUGGAAAACCGGCCGGAGCUGCGGCGCUUCGUGGGCCGGCGGGAGCGCGUGGACUUCGCCGACACCGUUGUGAAGUAUGACCGGCGGUUCAAGACAGUGAAACGAGACUUGAUCCUCACCCCCAGAUUCCUCUACCUGAUCGGCCGCGAGAAGGUGAAGCAAGGACCGGAGAAAGGGGCAAUCAAGGAGGUCCUGAAGAGGCAGAUCGAGCUGGAGAGGAUCCAGUCGGUCUCCUUGAGCACACUGCAAGACGACUUCAUCAUCAUUCACGAGCCCCAGUAUGACAGCGUCUUGGAGUCUGCGUUCAAGACGGAGCUGCUGAGCUUGUUGUGCAAGCGCUACGAGGAGAGGGCCCAGAAACCGCUGGCUGUCAAGUUCAGCAACCAGCUGGAGUUCAAGGUGAAGAAGGAUGGGUGGGGCCCUUGGGGGGCCGCCGGGUCCCGUCAGAUCCAGUUCCAGAUCUGCCAGGGGGACCUGGCCCUGCUCCGCAACAACGGCAAAGUGUUGGUCAUCAGCAUCGGGCCCGGCUUGCCCCGGAACGCCCGGCCCACCCGGAAGGAUAACAGGAAGAGCCGGUACCUCGGUGGAGCCUCUACCCCAGGCUGGAACGCCCCAAGCAGUGCAGGCCCAAAGUGGAACCACCAGGGGCACAGCCGUGGGGGGGCGAGGGGCCGGCAGCCCCGUCCCUCCAUGACCCGGCAAGUCAGCAUGGAGCAACCCAGCCUGCCCCGGCAAGGGGCCAGCCCGAGAGCCAAAGCCGUCCCCGCCCACCUCAACCUGGACUUCAUGAACGUCCCAGACCAGGGCGUGGCUGGCCUGAAGCGGCGCCUCUCCAAGGAAGCCAAACCCGUCCCGGGAGGGGGCCGGGCAAAGCCAAAACCCAAGCCCAAACCUCAGCCACGCCUCCCGCAGUGCCGGGCCCUGUACGCCUACGAUGCUCAAGACACAGACGAACUCAGCUUCAACGCGGAUGAGUUCAUUGAAAUCAUCAAGGAAGAUCCGUCUGGCUGGUGGCGAGGCCGAAUCCGGGGCAAAGAAGGCUUGUUCCCGGGAAACUACGUGGAGAAGAUUUGAGGGGAGGGAGCCGCUGCAGCUCUUCCUCGGGCAGCCGUGCGGGGUGAUGGGAGGCCGCCCCCUCGCCCUGUCGUUUGCCGCAAGAUUGCAGAGGGCCACGCCUGACCCCAGAAGGGGGCUGGUGGCUGGAGGAACCCCCCAGCGCCUCCCUCCAGCUCCUUUGCACCUGGGGAAACGGACAAGUCAUCCACACCCCUUUGAGAUUCCAGAGAAAGCCGCUUGGAUGGACCUCUCCCCCCCCCCCCCCUAAAUUGCAGCAGGACAAAUGAGGUGAUUCCGUAUACUAACAAGGAGCCGCGUGGCGUAGCGGUUAAGUGCUCACGCUGCCACUCGCACGGUCAGGAGUUCGAGCCCCCUGUGGGUCAGAUAUCCCGGCAGCUGGCUCGUGGUCAGGUCAGCCAGCCAUCCAUUUCCUGGUUGGUAAAUGAGUACCUAGCUCAUAGCUAGGGGGGGUAAAGAAUAGCCGGGGAAAGCAACGGCAAACCACCCCACAAAAACGGCUUGCCUCCGAAAUCACCGCUUGCAGCGGAACCUCAGGGUCGGACACGACUGAAGGGGAAAACUUUACCUUU